AUGGAUCUAAGCUCCUUGUCCUUUCCUUAUAGCCAGAAAAGCGACCUAAUAUCGCUUUCCAAAGUGUCUUUCACAAACAUAGAUGACAGUUUUCGCUACACUUUUGAACUCCAAAAUGGCAAAUGCUCCGUCAUAACCAAAACAGAAACGUCUUCUGGCACCAAAAUCCUCGAAGAGCCAUUGGAAUUUGUUCAAAAUGUGGAUUCUGACAAUGUUUCGGCUCCAUUAUUGACAAAAGUGCCUGCAACCUUUUUCAAAAUCAAGCUAUCGUUGUAUAUAAAUGGCUUCCUAAAUACCACUGAUCGAGCUAUUUAUAUACUCAAAUCUCGAAAAAGUCCCGAUAUCCACCAGUUACAAGGUGGUUCGUUGCUGCCCUCCACAGAACUAUCCAAAAUCAAUUAUCAAAGCUUACCGCUAACUAGUGGAGAAAAAGACCAAAAAAUUGUCAUUAAUGAUACCUUUAGUAACAGUCUCUUCCAAGGGUGUUCAUUGACAAUCUCACUCUGGGACUACGAUCCAACAGAAAACUCAUAUACGCAACUCUUUCAGUUCAAGGUUUAUGUUGAAGAAACGAACGAUGGUCUCAAUGCUGGGGAAGACACAAAACAACCAACCGAACCUGCAACAACUAAAGUGUCUGAUUUCCGAAAAGCAUUCAACUUUCACCUCGAAGAUGGGCCCGAAUUUCGCAAGAUUUUACUGACGUACGAGUCUGAAGUUCUGCUGUUCCGCAAGAGCUUUGUCGGCUUCAGCGAAGAGAUAAAGUUGCUAGAGCAUUAUCUCAAACGAGUCAACAACUCCAAAUCACGGAUCAUCGAUUACUUUAACCAGGUCACCUCAUUCCAAAAAAUUCUCCCUCGUGAACGUAUAAAACUGGAGUUUUCCAGCUCAUUGGAUUCGUUGUUUGACCCAUUCAAUCAUAAUGUUCGGUUUCUCCUCUCGCGAGUGCUUCCGGCCACCAUGCUACAGAAAGCCAUUACUUAUGUUCCUGUGGACAGUGGUGCUAAUGCGGACUUUUUGGGGUCAGUAGAGCUCUCUCACAUCAAGAAGCAAUUCGAAGCUCGCUCAAAGGACUACUAUAGUUGGUUGAACAAGUACCUUUCCAACGAAAAAGAACGACCCGAGCUGAAGCUUCUUGCGAAAAGAAAAACUUUCGAGCUCUCCAAAUUUGACUACUUGAACCAACUCAACAUGGCAUUUAAUAACCAAUAUCUCAACCAAAUUCUCGAAAACGUCUUCCCGGUUCAUUCGCUUGAGCUCCGUUCAAGGUGCUACUAUCUUCAUAGACACAAAAGCAUUCGAAGACAAGUCCCAUGA